AUGCUGUACCUGGUGGGGCUGGGCCUGGGGGAUGCCAAGGACAUCACGGUGAAGGGGCUGGAGGCCGUGCGGCGGUGCCGCAGGGUGUACCUGGAGGCCUACACGUCCGUGCUCACCGUGGGCAAGGAAGCGCUGGAAGAGUUUUAUGGAAAAGAAUUGAUUUUGGCUGACCGAGAAAUGGUGGAACAAGAGGCAGACAGCCUUUUAAAAGAAGCUGAUGUUUCUGAUGUCGCGUUUCUUGUGGUUGGUGAUCCUUUUGGGGCCACGACACACAGUGAUUUAGUGCUACGUGCAGUAAAAUUGGGGAUUCCUUACAAGGUCAUUCAUAAUGCUUCAAUAAUGAAUGCAGUGGGCUGCUGUGGUUUACAGUUGUACAAUUUUGGAGAAACGGUUUCCAUAGUGUUCUGGACAGAUACGUGGAAGCCAGAGAGCUUCUUUGACAAGAUUGAGAAGAACAGGCAGAGCGGAAUGCACACCCUGUGCUUACUUGAUAUUAAAGUGAAGGAGCAGUCUCUGGAGAAUCUCAUGAAAGGAAGAAAGAUUUACGAGCCACCACGCUACAUGAGUGUGAAUCAAGCUGCGGAACAGCUUCUUGCCAUUAUUCAAAACAGAAGGUUCCAAGGAGAAAAUCCAGAAGUUACUGAAAACACAAUUUGUGUUGGCCUUGCUCGUGUGGGUGCUCUGGAUGAGAAGAUUGCUUCAGGCACACUACAGCAGAUGUCCACUGUGGAAUUGGGUGCUCCACUACAUUCCUUAAUUGUUACAGGCACUAUGCAUCCUCUGGAAUUGGAAAUGCUGAAACUUUUCUCUGUAGAUAGUUCCAGUUUUGAAACUAAUGCAUGUCAAAGGACUACUUAAAUAAAAAUGAGGCAUUUACAUUUUUA